AACUAAAGAAAAAGACAUUUAUUGUUUUUUCUACACUUGCGACACUUUAUUUAUAAUUGUCAAAUUGAUCUGUCAAAAUGGCACGUCAGCAACAGGACGUUGAUGAACUUUUUGAUGUGAAAAAUGCAUUUUAUAUCGGUAAUUACCAACAAGCUAUCAAUGAGGCACUCAGUUUUAAUGCAUCUACACCCUUGUUGGCACUCCAAAAGGAUGCCUACUUAUACCGCUCGUAUAUCGCCCAAGGCAACCACAGACUAGUUUUGCAGGAGUUGAAAACUGCAGAUCCUAUGCUGCAGCCACUCAAAAGUCUUGUGGAGUAUAUAUCUCCAGGUGCCAACAAACCGGCUAUUGUUGCAGAUAUUGAUGCCAGGGUUGCAAAGGGCACUGAACUUAAUAAUGAAGUAUUUUUGAUAGUAGCCGCCACUAUCUACUAUCAUGAAGAAAACUAUGAAGCGGCUCUCAAGAUUCUCCAUGGAGCGGAGUCUCUUGAGCUUCGUGCAUUCACACUGCAAUGCCUUCUGGCUAUGAAUCGACCAGAUUUGGCAAAGAAGCAUUUGAAAUCAUUGCAAGACAUUGAGGAUGACGGUACUCUGACACAACUUGCUCAGGCUUGGUUAAACUUGUCACAGGGUGGACCAGGAGUGCAGGACGCACACUAUAGUGUGAUGGAGUUAUCAGAACGGCUGGGUGCGCUAGGCGCGGGGCCUGCUGCACUUGGUGCCGCCGCGGCCGCCGCCCGCGGUAUGUGGGAGGAAGCAGAACAGCAGCUAUCCGAGGCGGCGUCCCGAGCUCCUCAACACCCAGACCUGCUGCUGGGACUCGCUCUCGCUGCCAGGCACCAGGGCAAACCAGAGGUGUUCGGAAGAUACUUGGCUCAAUUGCUGGAUAGCAAUACAGAACAUCAAUUCACGAAGGAUUAUGUCGCGAAGACGAACGAGUUCAAACGGCUCGCAGCCCAGUACCAACCGUCAGUAGCAAGUUAAACUUUAACGCUCUGGAGUCCAUUUUCUUAUGUUACACGUAUUAAAGAUUAUUAUUAUAUUAUACUGGUAUUAAAU